CAGAGCGCGGAGCAGAAGGCUGCAUCGGCAGCCCCGGAGCCUCCUUGCGCAAAGGAGCCAACUGCUUGUCCGGGCGCCUGAUGCCCCGCACCCUGGAGACCCAGAUCACCAUGGAGAAGACGCCCAGCUACUUUGUCACGCGGGAAGCCCCCCGGCGGAUCUUCAACAUGUCUCGGGAGACCAAGCUGAUUGUGGUGGUGCGCAACCCAGUGACACGGGCCAUCUCUGACUACACCCAGACACUCUCCAAGAAGCCCGACAUCCCCACCUUUGAGGGCCUCUCCUUCCGUAACCGCAGCCUGGGCCUGGUGGACACUUCCUGGAGUGCCAUCCGCAUUGGCCUCUAUGCCCUGCACCUGGAGAGCUGGCUCCAGUACUUCCCGCUCUCCCAGAUACACUUUGUCAGCGGCGAGCGGCUCAUCACCGACCCGGCAGGGGAGAUGGGCAAGAUCCAGGACUUCCUGGGCAUCCAGAGGCUCAUCAGCGAGAAGCACUUCUACUUCAACAAGACCAAGGGCUUCCCCUGCUUAAAGAAGGCCACCCCUGGAGGCACAUUGCCACGCUGCUUGGGCAAGUCCAAGGGCAGGACUCAUGUCCAGAUCGACCCUGAGGUCAUCGAGCAGCUGCAGGACUUCUACCAUCCCUACAAUGUCAAAUUCUAUGAGACGGUUGGCCAAGACUUCCGAUGGGAAUAAGCACUUGGACAGGGA